UAUAGCCGGCGACAUUAGCUAGCGCUCGCUCAGCUCGCUCUCUAACGGGGGAACAGCGGACUACAAGAGACUGAACUGUAUCUGCCUCUAUUUCCAACAGACUCACGUUCAACUUUUCGCUCACACACAUACAAAAGCCGGGAAAAUUUUAUUAAUUCUUUUUUUAAAAAAAGUUAAUAUAAAACUGUAGCAAAAAAAAAAAAAAAAAAAAGGAACCUGAAACAGCUGGAACAAUCCGCAGCAGCGGCGGGAGAAGAGAUUUAAUUUAGUUGAUUUUCUGUGGUUGUUGGUUGUUCGCUAGUCUCACGGUGAUGGAAGCUGCACAUUUUUUCGAAGGGACCGAGAAGCUACUGGAGGUUUGGUUCUCCAAGCAGCAAGCCGACGCGAGUCAAGGAUCGGGGGAUCUUCGCACCAUCCCAAGAUCCGAGUGGGACAUACUUUUGAAGGAUGUGCAAUGUUCAAUCAUAAGUGUGACAAAAACUGACAAGCAGGAAGCUUAUGUACUCAGUGAGAGUAGCAUGUUUGUCUCCAAGAGACGUUUCAUUUUGAAGACAUGUGGUACCACCCUCUUGCUGAAAGCACUGGUUCCCCUGUUGAAACUUGCUAGGGAUUACAGUGGGUUUGACUCAAUUCAAAGCUUCUUUUAUUCUCGUAAGAAUUUCAUGAAGCCUUCUCACCAAGGGUACCCACACCGGAAUUUCCAGGAAGAAAUAGAGUUUCUUAAUGCAAUUUUCCCAAAUGGAGCAGCAUAUUGUAUGGGACGUAUGAAUUCUGACUGUUGGUACUUGUAUACUUUGGAUUUCCCAGAGAGUAGGGUAAUCAGUCAGCCAGAUCAAACCCUGGAAAUUCUGAUGAGUGAGCUUGACCCAGCAGUUAUGGACCAGUUCUACAUGAAAGAUGGUGUUACUGCAAAGGAUGUCACUCGUGAGAGUGGAAUUCGUGACCUGAUACCAGGUUCUGUCAUUGAUGCCACAAUGUUCAAUCCUUGUGGGUAUUCGAUGAAUGGCAUGAAAUCGGAUGGAACUUAUUGGACUAUUCACAUCACUCCAGAACCAGAAUUUUCUUAUGUUAGCUUUGAAACAAACUUAAGUCAGACCUCCUAUGAUGACCUGAUCAGAAAAGUUGUGGAAGUCUUCAAGCCAGGAAAAUUUGUGACCACCUUGUUUGUAAACCAGAGUUCUAAAUGUCGCACAGUGCUUUCUUCGCCCCAGAAGAUUGAAGGUUUUAAACGUCUUGAUUGCCAGAGUGCUAUGUUCAAUGAUUACAACUUUGUUUUUACCAGUUUUGCUAAGAAGCAGCAACAGCAGCAGAGUUGAUUAAGAAAAAUGAAGAAAAAACGCAAAAAGGAAACACACAUAAAAGAAGGUGGUGGCUGCUUUUUAGAUAUUGAUACCGGGGGCCAUGCUUUCCACAACCACCACCUUGUAGUUGCAGAAAGCCCUAGAUGUAAUGAUAGUGUAAUCAUUUUGAAUUGUAUGCAUUAUUAUAUCAAGGAGUUAGAUAUCUUGCAUGAAUGCUCUAUUCUGUGUUUAGGCAUCCUGUGCCACUCUUGCUGUGAAAUUGAAGUGCAUGUAGAAAAAAACUUUUACUAUAUGAAACUUUACAACACUUACGACAACAAUUCAAUUUGGUUUAUGCACAGUGUAAUAUUUCUCCAGGUAUCCUCCAAAAUUCCCCACAGACAAGGCUUUCGUCCUCAUUAGGUGUUGGCCUCAGCCUAACCAUCUGGGACUGUUCUAUUAAAUUGCUGCCAGGAUGUUACAUCCAGUUACCUCCAAUUUCUAGGACAUAUUCUCUACUAAUGUUAUUGAAAACAAUUUCUACUUCAUUCAGAUGUUUUUUUCAAUGGCAAUUAAAGUUUUUCUUCCACGAAAAAAA